UUCAAAAAAAGAAAUUAUAAAAUGGGAGCAACUACAUCUUCGCAAUUAGAAAAGGACCUUGGGGCAGAUCAGGCUUUAGCUAAUGAACAUUUUUAUGGACUUGUUAAUUUUGGCAAUACCUGCUAUGCAAAUUCCGUCAUCCAAGCUUUAUAUUUCUGCAAGCCUUUUCGUGAAAAGAUUUUAGCUUAUAGACAAUCCCAUAAAAAAUCAGGAAUUCAAAAAGAGAAUUUACUUACUUGUUUAGCCGACCUUUUCUCUAACAUUUCUAGUCAAAAGAGACGAGUUGGAACAAUUGCCCCAAAAAGAUUUGUGACAAAAUUGAAACGAGAAAAUGAAUUAUUUGACAAUUUUAUGCAACAAGACGCCCACGAAUUUUUUAAUUUUUUGUUAAAUGCAAUAUCUGAAGUUUUGGCAGAAGAAAAAAGGAAAGAGCACACAAAUGGAAAUAUCAGUAGCAGAACUGCUAAUGGACUAACAAAACGAUCAAAUUUAGUAACGGCAAAUGUUCAUGAUUACUCUGCUAGCACAGAUGGUGUCAGACAAGACUUGACUUGGAUCCAUGAAAUCUUUCAAGGGACACUUACAAAUGAGACUAGAUGUUUAAAUUGUGAGACAGUUAGUAGUAAAGAUGAAGAUUUUCUUGAUUUGAGUGUUGAUAUUGAACAGGAUGUUUCUAUUAGUAAUUGUUUGCGCAAUUUUUCUAAUAUGGAAACCCUUUGCGGUGAUCAAAAAUAUUUAUGUGAAACUUGUGGAAGCAAACAGGAAGCCCAAAAACGAAUGCGAAUAGGAAAAUUACCAAAAUUGUUGGCAUUGCAUUUGAAACGAUUUAAAUAUGUUGAGACUUUGAAUAGACACACAAAGCUUUCUUAUAGAGUUCUUUUUCCUAUGGAGCUUAGAUUACCUAAUGUUAAAAGCACCAAUGGCGAUGCUGAUAAAAUUUUUGAUUUGGUUGCUGUUGUUGUUCAUUGUGGUUCAACUCCAAAUCGAGGACAUUAUAUAACUUUGGUUAAAUCUCAUUAUUAUUGGUUACUUUUUGACGACGACAUUGUUGAUAAAUUAGAAGAAUCUUCUAUUGAAGAUUUUUUUGGAUUAGCUGAAUCAAAUGUACAAAAGAAUUCAGAAUCUGCAUAUAUUCUCUUUUAUCAACAAAGAAAUGAGACUUAA